AUGCUGCGUUCCCUUCUGUCGCUAAGUGGCAUCCAACGCGACAACUACCUCUUCCCUACCGUUGAUCCGGCUGAGGAUGGCGCCGACUGCAAAAGAGACUGCGCAGACUGCACCGCACAAUUUCCCCCCAAAGUGAAGAUCGAAUCUUUGACUCCUCUCUACGGACAUUUGAAACCCGUCAACACCCAUGUUCUAGUAGCGACGGGGAAAUCCGACUGGAAGCAGCACGUCGAGGAAGAACGAGGCAGCUUGAUGGAAGCGUUUGAUCGCGCCUCUGUGAAAUCCAAACACGGACGAAUUAUGGUCUCCGCGUCGAAUCUCCAAGAACCGGAGCAUGACAGCGACAGCGAGACCCAGACGCCCUCAGGGAGCACGGUCCUGCUUCUACCCUCCUUCACAUUCGUCGAUUCCGUCCAAAGCGACGACGUCAAAGAGCUCGUGGAUUGCUUCAUCGACGCCCCCCAGUCCAGAGCGGACGGACAACCCGCCCGGUCUCACUUACCGUCGCGACCCUGUCGAUAUGACUACGUGGUGCUGCUCUGCUCUCACAAGCGCCGAGACGCGCGAUGCGGCAUCACCGCGCCGUUAAUCAAGCGUGAACUGGAACGGCAUCUGCGACCGCUGGGCCUCUAUCGAGACGCGGAUGACGAACGGCCCGGCGGCGUAGGCAUCUUCUUCGUGUCCCAUGUCGGCGGCCACAAGUUCUCGGCUAAUACCUUGAUCUACCGCAAGAAGGAGGAGCAGUUGAUUUGGUUGGCGAGAAUUAAACCCGAGCAUUGCGAGGGCGUGGUCAAAUAUACUCUCCUACAAGGGAAGGUGGUUCAUCCCGAGUCGCAGUUGAGAGGAGGGUUUGAUAAACAACGCGGGUUGACGAGUACUCUUAUCAACUUUCCUCUACGACUCCGUAUCACAUCCCAACAUGCAAUAAUGGCCGACGUCGACGUCUCCGAAAUCGCGACGCUCUCGGGCAACCUACGCGCCGAACUGAAGGAAUGGGAGAGAGCCUUCGCAGCUGCAAACGAAGGCCGGAAAGCAGAACGGAAUGAUAUCAAGAAGGUGCCGGAUAUAGCUGUCAAAUACAAGGAAUACUCUCGACUCAAAUCCCUCGAAAAGUCCACAAAAUACGAGAAAAAACACCGAUCCCAUCAAUCCCAGUCAGAAGAUCAACGUCCCACGAAACGCAAGCACGCAUCGCCCACAGGCCCAGGAAAUGGAGACCACGCGACCACCCCCCGCAAGGCGGCGAGGGGAGGAGGACUCUUCGAAACGCCCGCCAAGUCACGGAAAGACAGCGCGCAUCCAUCGCACGUCGACCCGUACGAUUCGCCGUCGGUGUUCCGUCGACUCUUCAGCCCGUCGACGCACAUGCAGGCAUCGCCAUUGAAGGCAGCCAUCGGUCCCACACCCCAACGAGACGGGAAAGCGCUCGGACUGUUUGACCUCCUCUCGGAAUCCGGCGGGAGCACAGCCACUCCGUCAGCGACGAGAAUAGCGAGCGUCCAGGGCGCGAAUGCCCAGACGCCGUCGAAGCGGAGGACCAUGGAUACGAUUGCCGAGGAGGAUGAAGAGGAAGACGAUAGCCCGAGAGGCGAACGGACGCCUGCGUCGUCAGGGAAGAAGUACAUGCUUUCGACUCUCUUCGCGACGCCGACGACGCUACGCUAUGCGGCGAUGGUGGAAAAUGAGAACGAUGCGGUGCCCGCGGACGCCGGGAAACAGCACGCGGAUGUCGAGAACGCGCAGCCGGCGGGGUCGGAGACGCCAUCUUUCCUUAGACGGUCGAAUACGGCACGGUACGGCCUUUCCACCUCCACCGGGAAUGCUGGCGGGCUGAGCCCCAUGGCUGUGCGAAAGCCGCCGAAGCUCGUCGGACGGGGUCUGUCGGCUAUAGUGCAAGGGCUGCGCGAUAUGGAGGAUGAGCGGGUGCAGGACGACUUUGACGUGCUGGAUGAGAUCGAAGCUGAGCAAGCAGCCGCGGCAAACGUACAAGUGACCGACAGCCAAGCGCCAGUUACUUUCAACGGACGGCCAUACAAGAAGAAGGGUCAGAAACGCACGACACGCAGGGUGAAUAUGAAGCCGGUCGUCGUGAAAUCACAGCCCCAGCACCAACCACAACCCCAUUCGCCAGAGCCGCCUGAAGAGGAUGAGUAUGACGAAGAGCAACAUGAGGAUGAACAUGCGGCAGUGCCGGAAACACAGGCGCCGAAUGGAGCAGAAGGCGUCGACGGAUUCGACUACGAUGGUUUCGACGACAUUGACUCGCUGCACACAAUGUCGGAACCCGAUCUCGACUCGGACCCCGAAUACGGAGAGAAGCCGAAGCCGGCGGCAAAGGGCAAGAGCUUUUCCGAGAAGAUGAAAGAGGCCAUCGGCGUGCCCGAGCCUCAACCACGAGCUCGUCAGGAGAAAGCACCGCCGCCUCAGACCAAGGCGACUGAGGCUAAGAAGCCGCGCGAGAGGAAGGUCAAUCCGCAAGCGCAUGCCAACUAUCGAUCUUUGAAGAUUCGAAGCAGGGGCAGCAAAGGCCGAGGCGCAGGUCGCUUUGGCAGACGCCGCUGA